AUGCCCUGCCGUGACUCGGCUAGGUUAAAGACACUGGUUAACGAAGACCGUUACGCCUCAAGCACUGGUUUGGAGUUGAAUGAGGGUUAUCCAGGCGACAAAAAUCGACACCCGGAUGAGAAAGAUCCAACAACUGUGGGAUGGAAUGAUCCUGACGAUCGAGCGAAAGAUUCGUUCACCAUCCACAAGGAUGCAUGGAUCCCACAUGACUCUCAAUUAUUAACACAGCAAUAG